GACUGCCAAGGUAACAUAUAACAAGGAAUAUAUUUCCGGAUACAGUGAAGUUUCAGUUUCUGAGUAGAGCUCUGCACAUCUGCUCUCUGCUGUGCAAUUUUGUGGAUUCCUUCCACCUGUCACCAAGAGGUAGCUUGACGCGCGUCGCGCGUGCCAUAAUUCCAAAAUACUGGGGGCUAUUAUUCCGCAGCUGUUUUAACACAAGAGGGAGAUGUUUUCUAGACAUGUGGCUUUCUAACAAAUUGUACAUUUCCGGCGAGUUUGUGUUAUCAGGGGCACCCAGCGAGCAGCUUCCAGUCACUUCCUAGUGCUGCGGCGAGGAGACAGGUGACGUCAGUUCGCUGCUUUUGCAGAUGAGAGCGUGCCCGUCCGUCGAAAGGAGAAACGGUGAACACUCUUGAAGAGGGAACUGUGGCCGAUUUACAGAGAGUACGGGGGCGCCGGUCCUUUGCUUACACACGCUCGGAAAAUAUCGAGUCGCCGAUGCAAAGGCACGGCGAGCAGCGAGGCUAGGCUGGCUUCACCCGACACCACGAGAGCAACCGGGACACGCCGGUGACCGGAGCUCCCCGGUACCUGCGUGCAUGCGGACAUGUCCUCAGCAAUUACGGACGAUGAGCAGCAGCGGUGGGUGCCCACUCACGUGCAGGUGACAGUGCUCCGGGCCCGUGGAAUUCGCGCGAAGGGCAAGCAUGGCACUAGCGAUGCCUACGUUAUCAUUCAGGUGGGCAAGGAGAAAUACUCCACGUGUGUCAUGGAGAAGACCACGGACCCGGAGUGGGGAGAGGAGUGCUCGUUUGAGCUCCAGUGGGGGGUACUGGAGCCAGGCGGACGCGACGUCUGUCCUCCCGGGAGCUGCGAUCUGACACUCACCGCUAUGCACCGGGCUCUGAUCGGUCUAGAUGUCUUCCUUGGUCAAGCGGUCAUCCCCCUGGAUAAAGCCUUCCAGGAUCGCAAAUCCAUGAAAAAAGAGUGGCAUCGGCUGCACUCCAAGUCGGGCAAGAAAGAGAAGGAGCGUGGCGAGGUGCAGGUGACAGUGCAGUUCACGCGGCACAACCUGACGGCCAGCAUGUACGACCUCUCCAUCAAGGACAAGCCACACUCGGCCUUCGGCAAGCUGAAGGAGCGCAUCCGAGGCGGGGGCAGCAAGAAGCGUGUGGAGGCCAGCACCGAGGAUUCCGCCUCGGCCAUCAUCCCCGGGGGCUACGGGGCACUGGCGCGCAUGCGUGGCCGGUUGCCUAGCGACGGGGGCGGCGAGGAGUACUACGAGGACGACGAAGGAGGGGAGGCGCGGCGCAGCAAGAUGAGGACCUUCUUCCUGCGCGGCCGACUCCGCAAGUCGUCGGACACAAGGUCGAGCACGUCGCUGGGCUCGGAAAGCAGCGAGUCGUCGUCGCGGGGCGGAAGCUUGAGUCCGACGGCGGGCAUCAGCGUGGUGGUGUCGGACCUGUCCAACUCGCCCAGCAACAGCAGCAACCUCACAGCUGACAACAGCCCUGAGCACACCGUCGCGCCCUCCCCACAAGUCUCCCCGGUCAGGCGCGCGUUUGGCGACGACGUGUGCGAGAUCUCCAUCCCCGUCCCCCAGUCCUUCACCUACGACAACCUGAUCACCGACACGGGGGUCUCCACGUCCACUACCACUAUUACCACCACCACCACCGCGUUAGCCAACGGUCACCCAGUCAAGCACGCCCCGGGACCCCACGGCACAAAAUCAGGACCCCAGCAGCAGCAGCAUCCUAACCCCAAGCAGGUGGCACAGUUAGCCAAGCCCAAACCCAAGGCUCUCUCCCUGGCGUUGUCUCCUGCCGUGGGCUCCUUGCAGAAGGGCUCGGCCAUCUCGCUAUCGCUCCAGAACCUGACGACUGCGCCCCGGCAGGUGGAGGAGCCGCCGCUUCACGCGGGGCCUGGGGACGGCCGCCGCUGGUCGCUGGACAAGGCUGGCGAGGAGGAGCGCGCGGCCAUCGCGGCGGCCAUCGAGAGCGCCGGCAAGCUGGAGGACGAGGAGAGGCUCGCGGCCCAACUGCUCAAGAAGGAGGCGGCAGGGGAAGGGGAGGUGAAGAAACAGAAGUGGGGCCUGUUUUCGCACAGCCGGAGCGAGUCGUCGGGGAAGUCGGGGACCACGACGGGCAAGGGCGAUGUCACUUCCGGACCUUCGGAAGGGAAGCAUAAAGGAUGGUUUGGGUCCAAGGACUCCCAUUCGAAACCCAGCCACUUGGUGUCUGAGAGUGAUCCUGUCUUCGACACCAUCUUCAACCCAUCACCUUCCCCAUCACCCGAUCUCUCUCAGCUCACUCCGCUUCACCACACUAACCCUUUCAGUUCUUCACCACCACUCUCAACUGCCAAUCCUUUCCUUUCCGCUCUCCAGCAAAACCCUUUCUACCAAGACAUUUACAAUGGCGAUGCUGCACUAACCCCUAACUUGCCUUCUAUGCCCUGUUUCUCCAGCUCCGUACCCACCACCAUGUCGAUUUUUGAUUCCUCCAAUGGACAAGAGUGCCAUGGCACGGAAGAUAACGCUCUAGGUGAUGGUAAUGACGUAACCCUGACACAGGAAGUGACUGUUGUGUCACAGGAAGGAGUGUUCUUUAACCCUUUCAUGACUGACUUUGUUGGAGCUCAGCCAGGGAAGCCUGGAGGAGACCUUCAAACAGUGAACAACAUUUACCAAGACACUAAUGGUGUGACUAACGGUGUUAAACUCCUAGGUAUCUCACAGCUAAGCCCUAACAUAUCACAGACCUCUCUACCUCAGGAUGUUUACAUUGAGUUCAAUGAGUUGCACAAGUUAGCCUGCCCCCAUCCACGAUUGUUGAGCGACCAAACAGACAUGCAGAGCCAUACAGAAACAGGCCUAAAUGAAGCCUCCCCCCAGCCACGAUUGUUGAGUGAGCAGACGGACAUGCAGAGCCAUACAGAAACAGGCCUAAAUGAAACCUCCUCCAUUCAAAAGAUUCCUCACGGGUCAAAGACACAGCUGGCUGUCUCUGCCCCCUCCUGGCCAACAACAGCAGACCAGUCUCCUGAAAUGUCGUCUGGACCUCCUCCUGAAAAGGCUGUCCCUGAGCCCACAGGACUAGAGUCAGCCCUUUCGUCUCUUGAGAUCGAUUUCCGUGCGAGGAGGGAGGAGGCUGACCUUGUACUUGUAGCAGGGCUUCCUCCUCUGAGUGCCGUUGCAGAGGUGAGGGAGGUGGAGGUGUCUCCUCCUGCACAGCAGAGGAUGUCUGCGUACAGCGAGGGUGCGAGGGAGGAGGCUGACCUUGUAGCAGGGCUUCCUCUGAGUGCCACCGCUGCAGAGGUGAGGGAGGUCUCUAGUCCACCACAGCCUUCGCCCACUAAUGUUACCACCCAGGAAGUCCUUUCAGUGCAGACUGACUGCAUGACACAAGAAGUUGUUUCGGGUCACUCUUCAUCAGCAGCAGGGCUUCCUCUGAGUGCCGCUGCAGAGGUGAGGGAGGUGUAUCCUCCCGUGCAGCAGGGGGAGGUGUCUCGUCCUGCACAGCAGCAGAGGAUGUCUGCUUACAGCGAGGCCAGCUCAGAUGACACACUGGAAGCCUCUACCAUUGUAUCUGCCUCUCCAGGCCGGGAGCUGGAGAACCACCCAGAUGAUGAUGACCCCUUGCCCGUUUCUCUGAACAUGUCGCAGGAAGACCUUAAGCAAGAGCAAGAUGGAGAACUGGACAGGAAUGUAGCAAAUGAUGCAGAAAUGAAGGAAUAUGACUCCAAACUCCCCGUGGCUGAGGCUGAUCAUGUCUUCUUCGAUCACUCGGACACAUCAUCAAAACAGGCCACCAGUUCCUCUGCAGUUCAUAGUGAGUUUGAGAGUUUAUGGGGAGGGGAUGUGGCACCCUUUUCUUCAGGGGGCACAACAGAGCCGCUGAGCACAGCUGGACCCAAUGGUGGCAGCCAUGUUUUGGACUAUGUCCUUGGGACAGAAAGCCCUUUUUCUGGAUCACUCGUGUGUGUCAUGGCCUCCUCGCCCAGUGAAACGCUCAUCUCUCCAGAGUCACGCUUCACCGGUGAUUGGACUGUACCAACAGACACUAAGCUCCCCUCCAGUCACAUGGGAGUUUUACAAGAUAUGCUCUCAAAAGACAAGAAUUUACCAACCAGUGACUAUACAGGCACAUUGGAUGCUCAACAUCAAAAUCUCUUUGAUAGUGCUGCUAACUGGCCAACUUCACUUAGCGUAGAUGCUAAAGCUAAUAAUGGUGUUUGCCCCUUUGCCAGCAUGGAUACAGAUGCUUAUGUGAGCGUACUCUCUGAUGACGACAGUAGCGUUAGCAAUGCCUUUUUCAGCCUUAACUCAGGCAGUGCUUACGCGUCUGGUCACGACAGUCGUGCCGGCCCCAUUAAAGAUCUUCUGCACGUGCCUCAGUCUACUCAGCUUUUCAACAGCCUCCUGUUCGAAAGUGCUGAAUCGGAGAAUUACCACUCCUGCAACUCUCAGCAACGCCAUGUGUCUCUUUGUUCCCAGCGCUCCCUUCCCUUAAUAACAGAAAAGGACCCCAUGGAACAACUCAUUGCGGCUUAUGAUCUCGCUGUAAAAACUAGGCCCUCAGAAGACCACUGUAUAAAAAAUGAGCAAAUUCACAACUCCGGAGAAGAUAGUACAUCGCAGUUGGACUUUUCAGCAUUGUCUGUGCUGACUAGUCCGCCUACACUACCAAAAAGCAUGAGCUCUCCACUGUCUUCGCCCACUAAUGUUACCACCCAGGAAGUCCUUUCAGUGCAGACUGACUGCAUGACCCAAGAAGUCGUCUCGGGUCACUCUUCAUCACCGUUGAAACCGAUAGAUGACUUCAUGGCAAACAUCACAGAGAAAGACGACCUCUUACCAGAUGACCUUUGGAAAGACAAGGUCAUGUCAGAACACUGGCCUUCAGUAGAAGCCAUGGUAGCAUGUGAUCCGAUCACUGAACCAAUGCCAAAUUAUGACUUCACAGACGGGGUGGUGCCAAAUUCUGACCUGACUCCGAGAGAGAUGCCAAAGUCUGCACUAUUGCAAGAGGUCCCAGCAGCCAGAGAUGGGGAGAUGAAUCCUUUAGUUGAUGAAGGAGUUGAUGCAUUUCCAACAUCUUCAGACUCUGCGUCUGCUUUUUCUAUGCAAAGUGGAGUUCAAGAGUUGAUCGCUUUCCCAGUUGACUGGGCCAACUUUGACAAGUUGGCAGUAUCUGGUACUACAGGAGAAAAUAAGGAAAUGUCUAAAGCAGGGCCCUCACGAUUAAACAACGGUUGGGUCUCAACUUCAUCUUGUUUUAGCCCAAUGGCCUUUGAUCCUAAUCGUGCCCACCGAUGGUCUGUAUCCGGCCAGGUAGGCAGUCCCUGGUCUGACCAAUCACAGCCUGACCUUAUUGAAGGCAUGUGCAAUGAAACGCCACCCUCAUCAUCCAUAUCUCAGGACUUUGUGUUUACACAUUUGCACUCUCAUUGCCCUCAAACAGACAUGCCUCUUGAGGCGGACAAUAAAGAGUCACUGCCUAAUCUAUCAGAAAACGCUCGAGUCUUGAGUACAGACGGUGAAAACUUCCCCCACGCUGUAGCACCUUUGUUUAGCAGCGGCCAAUCCAAUGCAUGGAAAAUGGAGGCUGUGCCAACCGUGAGAAAAGACCUUAAAUUGACCCUCAAACAUGCCACGCAGUCUCUCUCGCCCCUAGCUGCCUCUACCCCUGCUGCAGACCCCUUUCCCUUGCCUUUCUCCGCUACUCCCCCUGCUCUGGUAACCUCACCUUAUGCCGCCCCCUCACCCAUUGCCAGUGAUAUGAUUGGUGCACCGCAGGCAGUCUUUCCCCAGGAGAAUCAGCAGGCAUCCAAUCAGAUUGCCAGUCCACAUCCUGUGAAGCCCCUGACGCCGCCGGGAGAGGAGAGGAAAUCAGAGAGCCGAUCUGUACUGGAGAAGCUCAAAUCCACAAUCCACCCAGGCCGCAAUCAGGACGGGGAAAAGAAGAGCCUGGUGGAGGGCGGGGGCUCCUACUACCACCUGAACCACAGUGAGCUGGUCUCGCUGCUGCUUCAGCGGGAGUCGGACCUGCAGCGCGAGCGGGCGGAGUUCGAGCGACGCGGCACCCUCCUGGAGAAGCGGGAGGCGGAGCUGCGCAAGACCCGCCUCCUGAUCCGCGACCUGGAGGACUACAUCGACCGGCUGCUCGUCCGCAUCAUGGACGAGAAACCUACGCUGCUGCAGGAUACACACACAUGAAAAAGACUCUCGAUCCGAUCCGACCCGACAUCCCGCCCCCUCCCUUCUCUGACGUUUGCAGCCCGAUGUCUGCCUGAUGAAGUGUCCAUCCGAAAACUUCUCUUCGAAAACACCACCACUUACCGUCACCACCACCACAACACGCGUCCUGGGUAGUGUUUGCUGCACUGCUGUCACAAAAGUUGGCAUACUUUUGCAUAGAGCUUUGCUCCUUAGCCUUCACAUGCACACGCACACACACACACACAGACACACACACACACACACACACACACACACACACACACACACACACACACACACACACACACACAUAAAUAAAUGGGCACAGCCGGGAGGUUAUUGAGUUGGUGUACUCACAUGUACUCACACACUUGCUGGCAUAUAGGGAGGAGGGUUGGUGAGAGGGUAGAGGGUGUUGUUGCAGGUCCGUCAGGUAACACAAGUGAGGGAGUAUACUACAUGUAAUAUGGGAUUGUAGCCAAGAAAGGGGAGUGGGUUUAAGUGUGCCCACCCUCUUUUGUUUGUUUUCUAAUUGGUUGAAUUCUGUAUCAGCCUGACCUUUUUGAUUGGAGCAUUUUUUUGUCUCUGCCUGCCUCUGAUUGGUCCGUCUCAAAAACUUUCUCUCCAUGGGGCUUCACUCUCGCAGCUGUAAACCAAAACCAGGGUCUCAUAACUUACAUGUGCAUACAAACCCUCUGAAAGACAUAACAGAACACACAUAUUCUCAACAAGCCAGGUGAUUUGGGUGAUUGGGGAAAGUGCCCUCUGCCAUCUUUAAAAAAAAACACAAAAAAAAACGAAUCAAUCACGCUUGUUUUCCAAAAGCUGUCAUAUUGCCAAGCCAUGUGUCAUCACACACACACACACACACACACACACACACACAAGCUCCACUUGCUGCUCUGGCCCUGGCGAUAAGGGUCAGGAUGACAGUGUGUGAUUUAUUGAUUUCUAUAUGUGUGUCUAUGUCUGUCUGUCUGCUGUGUGUGUGAGAAUGAAUGCAUUCAUUCUCGACUCGGGAAUGCAUUCAUUUAAAUUGCUGCUCCUCCACGCUUAAAGCAGAGGAAGAAUCGAACCUGCUGGCACUUAACACUCCUGUUCCCCCCUGCCCCUGCUAAUGUGUCUGUAUUUGCUUCCCCCACACCCCUUUGCUUUAGAUACUCCCCUAUUCCUUUUCCUAUCUCUGCCCCAUAUCUCUGCAUUCGCUCUCUGUGCCUCUUUAGACACCCCCUCUACCCCUACACUCCCCCCCUUCCCCCUCUUGCUCUGCGCCAUACUUCCUUAUUGCCUGCCUUCUCCAUUUCUUCUUUCCAUGCUUAAUUUUCUGGCCUGACUGGACUCUCUGCAACAGCGCCCUCUGCUGUCUGUCUGCUUGUCUUGUCGCUCCCAGACUGUGUUCCGACAAUAGGUUUGGUUUGGCCAGGCUGGGCGAUUGGCAAUGAUGGGCAACCUGAAUUCAUAGGUUUACAAUCCUGUACCACGUAUGUUAAAUGACUUGGCUCUCCAUGUCCAGGUCAACCAGCUGAUUUGCCCUGAUUAACUCUUUAACGGCCAUGGUGGCAUGUGGAGGCCAGGUGAUUAGGGCAAGCAGGGCCGCAGACAGCUUUCGCUGGGCCCAGGGCAAAGUCAUCUGAAAGGGCCCCCUACCCAAUACAUACAAUGUAAUGGGGACCCAAUUCAGGGCCCCGUAUCUGCGGGGUCCAGGGACAACAUUCCCGUUUGUCCCCCCCUGUCAGCGGGCCUGAGGGCAAUCACCUGGUUGCAUUGGACGGGUAAAACCAGGUAGUUUGGAAUAUGUGGCACUGGACUGCAUUUCUUGAAACCGUAGUUGCUAACUUAUGUUGGCUACUUUGCUGUUUGCAAUGCGAUUCCCCAUUGACAACCUACUAAGUUGCUAACUGGCUAACAACUACUACGCUUUCGAACGCAGAAGCACAGCCCUGGAUUGUAGUCGCUAAUGAAUGCAGGUUGCUCAUUACUGGUGAUAUGGGGCCCAGUAGCUAUGUAAACCCGACCAGGUUUCAACCAGAGUUGGGCACUAUGGGGAACCCACGCCUCUGUGAAAAGAAAAAUGCCAACUGCUGCCUUACUGUAUUUACUUGUUACCGUCUGUUUCUCAGCCCACCACUCGUUCGGCACCUCACAGCAGAUGGUAUAAUACUGCAAAUUUUUCAGCAGAAUUUGGGACGAGGCUUGUGGUAGACCCCUCAAAACAAAAGCCCGUCCCUCGACUGUUACAAGGUUUUCCGAGACACACACAAGUCAAAGGGGGGAGUGAAAAACAACAAAAGAAAAAGCCUUAGAAAGAGGAGAGACAACACAACAUCUUUUACUAAUAAUGAAGUGAAUGACCGAAAUACCAAAUAGAUGCUUUAUUAUUAAAGAAAUGCUUGAUUGGGGGGGGGGGGGGCCUAGCGCAGUGUGGGGGUUUGUGUGAUCAGUCAUCACCUUGAAAUGACUCUUAAAAUGCAGUUGUGUACAGAUGAUGCUUGUUUUUUAUGUUCAAUGUUAAUCCAUGCUUCUCUUGAUACUAGUCUAAUGUUAUAGCUCCUAGAGCUGUGUGGUAGAGGUCUGCCGUAAUUGUCCCGCCUCACUGCACUGACGAGCAGGCCGAGGCCAAGAUCUGAUUGGACAGCUAGGCUGUGCUGUAUUGUGGACAGCCAAUCGUGUUCAGCUGGUCCUCCGAAGAUGAAUAAUAAAUGACCCAGUAGGAGAUCACAAGAAUGUACUUUUCCUGGAGUUACAGUAUGUCAUAAUAAAAGGCCACUCUUGGCUUGUAGUGUUUGGGGCCUUUACAAAGCACCACCGUGUGGGCAAAGUGUCAACUAACUGUGGCUUGGCUGUUGUGAGUUAGUGGCGUCGUAGUCUCUCACUGGCCACCUGCUGUGUGGUGGUGAUGCUCGUGAACAUGUCCCCACUGAGGGGCCAAUCACCACAUUUGUGCUGGACCAAAAAUGAGCAAAGUCAAUGAAAUCAAUGCAAUGCACCUGCGCACUGAAAGUUGCAAUGAGUCUGGUUAGAACUGUGUCAUGGUGGGCAUGUGCAUUGUAGCACACACAUGGACUGAAAAUCAGAUUGUAUUCUGGUUAGGAAUGCGUUGUGUGCAUAUGCGUUGCAUACAUUUGCGAGGUUUUGAUUGUUUUUGCGCUGUCACGAACACGGUGACUGAGGCCAAGCUUUGGAAGCCUGCCUUCCUGUAGCAAGCACCUAAUUCCUAUUUGCACAGGCCUACCACUCAGCUAGAAGAAUUCAGUCUUACGCGUCUCAGUAAUCAUUUAAUAUGUAUUACAUGUGAACUAGCACUAAUGAAAGUAAUAAUAAAAUAAAUACCGUCUUCCCUUUUUAUUUUCCAAAUAAUGUUUCUAGUUUCACUGGAUUGUAUCGGUUGUUUGAUUGUAGUACGGUGGCCCAUGGGUUGUUCAGGUUGAGGAUGGAAAAGUUUACAGCUUUUAAAAUGGAGUCACAUCAGAUUUUAUAUAUAUAUUCAGUGAGUACACAUUAGAUUUCAAUUUCUUUUUGCUCAUUGUGUGUCAAACUUUGUGUUUGUUUGGUUUUGGUGUUUUAAAGAGUUGAGUGCACAGUUCUAAGCCUAAAAUUUAAUUAAUAAACAUAUUUACAUGUAUUUUGGGAGUUGCUUUCAGCUUUUUGUUCAGUUCUUUUGUUUUGCACAUAUUUGUCGGUAAGAGAUCACAUAGGUAUUGCUUAUUUGUACAUGAACUAAUAAAUUCUGUUUUACAAGGAGUAUUUUUGGCGUGUGCCGAUUUAAUGUAAAAUGAAGCUAAUAUUCAUUUUGCAAAUAAAUAUAUGCAAAGAGGAGUAUAGUUGUGUAGUGUAGAGCUGAAGUAUGCUUUCAUAUCCUGAUUGUCCAGAUGCUUCCUGAUGGCAGAAAAAGUACUGUAAGGAACAAGUACUGUAAGGAACAAGGUUCCGGCUGUGUCCGUGUUCUGAAUGUUGUAGCGACUGGAGUGUUUCUGAUGAUGGAUCUCAUUUUCCUCGAAGUAGUGCGACGUUUGAAGGGUAAUAGGUCUAGGUACUAAGUGUGGUUGAUGAACGGAAGUUCUUUUUGUAUUAAAUCGGUGACAAAGAAAAAGUACACUGUUCACAAAAGAAUCAGUGUGGAUGUUAACAAAGCCAUUGUUCAAGCUAAAUCAUUGAUUGCCAAAACUAACUCUCCACAAAUCAUCGCUCUUUAAUAAUUAUUUAGUUUUUUAUCACCCGAUCUUGUUAGUUCCGAUUUCUGACAUCGCUUUCAAUCUCUGCUACAUUUAGUUUUACCUCUUAAGGCAUACAGACAGGCCGCCGUAAACUUUAGGAUGUCUGUAAACACAUAAAACGAUGUAAACUCAUGAUGAACAAUGCAAGGGUACGGAUGAAUAUCAGCGACUGACUGAAGUCAUGUAUCCUUAUUGGAUGUAGCUCAUACUUAUCAGCCUUUGUGGUAGAAUGUAUCGCUCUUCUGGUUGUACAGUAACACCCCUCCAUCUCCAUGGAGGCUGAACGGGUUUAUCAAUCAGUACGCACGCACACACUCACACGGAUACACACACACACUCACACAGAUACUGUACAUGGACACAAAACGAGUCUACUCUGACAGGCUGUGGACAGAUGUGUAGGAUGAGUACUUUGAUCUGCUAUAUACACAAACCGAAUAAAAGAUAACUUUUGUAUUUGAUUUUUUUAUUUUGUUUUCAUCUUUUUUUGUGCGUCUUAAAUGGUCUCAAAGGUCUUCAUAGUGGCACAGUUUUUAAUCCAAUGAUUCUUUAUGAUCAAAGUUAUCUACUGUUGAAAACAAUGUAAAAGAAGAAAUGUAUGUAUGAUUCAAUAUGAACAGAACCAAUUGAUCAACAGUUCAGCCAAUACAUUUUGAGCUUGUGUGGAAAUUUCAACAUAGAAAAGCCAAACAAGUUCCUGCUUUGGUCUAAGGUCAAGGCACUAUUUUAGAAGGACAUGCUGUGUUUUGAUUUAGUCUACUUUAAUUUACUUCAAAUGACGUGGAUAUUACUCGCUGAAUUGUGGUAAGCCUAAAGUCUGCCCCUUUUGCGUUUUCACUUCAUUUGGACUAUUUUGAAAUGUUUAAAUUAAUGAACAGAUUGGUUAUUCAAGCCUGUCUAAAGCAGGAGAUGAAUGGGACGUGCAUUUGUGAAAUGGUCGAUUUGGGCGACAGACAUGCACCACUUGGCACAAAUACUGUGCUGUACUGGGUGGGAGGGAGUGGCAGUGGAGUAGCAGUGGAGUCUGCUCUCUCUGAUGAUGUUUUGGGUCAAACACUGUGUGUAAUGAUCUGUUUGAAUGCAACUCCCACACAAAGUGUCUGUACAAUAAAAUAAACCCUUUUCACUUUCGAAAUAAAGAUGAAAAUAUGUCAA